ACAGGCAGACAAAAGCAAAUCAAAUCCUCAUUCCUCUCUCUAUCUUCUUGCUUUCUCUAAUCUUCCUCCCUCCAAAACAAACAACAUUGACUCUGCUACAGCAAAUAGCAAUCAGCAAUAGAGGCCCUAAUAAUGCUCAAGUUCUGGAAAUCAAAUUCAUCAAAAGUCGCCGCAGGAAUCGGCAUUACAGACAAUGAUGGAACUGAAACUACCAUCACUGAUUCCACCAUUUCUGAUCACGUCCAUGAAGAAACUGAUGAUGAUGAUGAUUCCUUCUUCGAGUUAGAACUCACAUUUCCACCUUCUUACGAUUCCAAAUUCUCUAUUUCUUCUACUUGCUCGAAAAACACGGUCGAAGAGAAGGAAUCUGAGAAAAAACCUAAAUUAAAGCCUCAAUCGCCAAUCUCAAUACUUCGUUCUGCUUCUCCGAAGCUUCGAGUCUUCAUGUUUGAUAGAUUUAACAAGAAAUCAAAGCGUGUUGAGGAGUUUCUUGAAACUGAGAGCGUUUCGUCUAGUUGUUCGCCGAGACGGAGCGGUGCGAGUUUGUUUACUGUGAAAUUUCGUAUUGAGGAUGGUUCGAUUGUUCCAAAAUUUACUCGUAGUCGUAGCAAUAGUUCAAGCGUUUCAGCUAGUCCAAACGUCGAAAAACAUACCUCUGAGGUUUUGAUAGAAUCGUCUAAACGGUUCUCAAAAGAAACAAUUAAAAAAUACUUAAAUUUAAUAAAGCCAAAUACGUCGAAAAAGCUCAUCGACGGUGAGAAAUACAUCUCUUCUCCGAACAGAGCAUCUACGACGUCGUUUCCCAGGAAAGAAGAAAAGCAAAUCAGUCGAUUUAAAGUUAGAUGUAAGCAAUUAGGUAAAAGCAAAUCCGCUUCAGCGACAAUUGGAGUUUCACCUCCGGCAACGUUUUCUGCCAGAAACGACCAUCCUUGUGACGGAAUCGAAGGCGCAAUUUUACAUUGCAAGCGUUCUCUCACUUCUACAGGUCAUUCGUCAUUAUCGAGAUGUAGCAGUGAUCCAUCACAUGAGAAGUCAAUUCAAAUGUCAGAAGAAAUCUGAAAAGAAAUAAAAAAGCAAAUGAAAUGAUUAGUCCACUACUUGUAAACUCUCUUUUUACUUUUAUUAGUUUGUUUGUGAAAAUUGCCGGAAAAUGAACAUCUUCAUUUCUUCCUCAAAAUAUAAUAGGUUGAAUUAGGAUUUGUUAAACACAUUCAGGAGAAAAGUAAAUUGGUGUAAUUUCUCUGUUUUAGAGAGAGAAAAGAGAUUGAAAAGGAUCUUUAUAUUAUUUUUGUGGUAUGACGAUUUGUAGGUUGGUUAGUUUGUUAGAAAUGAUGAUGGAGAAGAAUUUGGAAGAUUAUGAUGACCAGUGAUGAGUGACGAGUGAGGUGAGGUCACUUGAGUCGUCUUUGUAAAGUGUAAAACUGUUUGUUAAUGUCAAUGAUGAUGGAUUUUUGUAUAUUUUUUGUGAAAUUAUUUGGUGUUCGUAAAUUGAAACUUUUAGUAAUUGCAUUUUUGAAAUGAUUCACCAUGAUAAUUUUAUGUAGGGUGGUGUACGUGAGUUGGUCGGAUCACAAAGUUGUUAUCCACGGUCCACCAUUAGUGGUUAGUUUUGUUCACUUAGGUGUAAUUUUCUGUUGCCUAAAGCAAUGUUAAAGUUGCACUACUUACAUGUAGACAACAAACUUCACAAUUUUGAACAUUUGAAGGAGAAGUUAAGUUUGCAUACUAACUAAUGAUAAGAAUUCUGUCGAACUUAAUUAAUUGGUUAGUAAAGAUCAUAUUUGAGUUGAUACUUGGGAAUAUG